AUGGCAGCAGCAGCUUCUCACUUGCCCACAUAUGCUGACCAGCAGGCCUGGAAGGACAUUCAAGAUUUUCUGCCGGCGCGCCUGCGCUUCACGCCCGAGCACGCGCCGGUCGAGGAGUUUUGGUCGCACCGCGGCCACGACAUCCACCUCGACCGCUGGCGCAACCCGUCGGCGCCGGCGCGCGUGAUCCUGCACCACGGCGUCGGCACCAACGGCCGCCAAAUGUCCAUGAUCCUGGGCGUGCCGCUGCAUGCCGCAGGCUACGAGCUCGUGGCAGUGGACAUGCCCGGCUACGGCUGCACGCGCGCGUCUGCCCAGAGCAAGCCGUGGCCGUACGACGAGUGGGUGCAGAUUGCGAGCGACUUCAUCGACCACGAGCGAGCGAGCGACGCGCGCCCGAUUGUGCUAUACGGUCUCUCGGCGGGCGGCAUGCUCGCGUACCACGCGGCGGCGCGGAACAAAAAGGUGGCGGGCGUCGUGGGCAUGACGUUUCUCGACCAACGCAUCCAGCAGGUCGCCGACGAGACGGCGCUCAACGUGGUCAUGUCGCGCGCGGGCAUACCGCUCGCCAGGCUGGCCAACGCGUCGGGCCUGCAGUCGCUCAAGCUGCCGAUGGCGUGGACAAGCAAGAUGCACACGCUGGUCAACGACCCCAAGGCGCUCAAGGUGUUUCUGAAGGACAAGACGUCGGCGGGCUCGGCGGCGUCGAUGCGGUUCCUCGCCACGUACGCGGGCUACAAGCCGGCGCUGGAGUACAGGGACUUUGACGUGUGUCCGAUCCUGCUGACCCAGCCGGGCGAGGACAGGUGGACGCCUUUGCACCUCAGCAAGCUGGUUCUGGACAAGUUCGACAAGGUACCGGUGAAGAUUGUCGAGCUCGAGGGCGCGGGGCACUACCCGCUCGAGGACAAGGGGCUGCAGCAGCUGGCCGAUGCUAUUUUGGAAUUUUUGAGCUCCGUGGCUCAGUGA